CGGCGACGAGUCCGAGACGCGCCCCGUGUCCCCAGACUCAUCGCCUCUCGGAACAGCUGACAAGGUCGAGAUAAUUACGGGCAGUCCACCCCCUCCUCCCGGCGUCUGUCUGGAGGCGGCCGGGAUCGCGGACUGCCCAUUGGACGCCGAGCUGUGGUCAGACCCAUACACGAUUAUAAACAUCUCCCCACACCGACACGAUCAGUGGCCCGAACGGACAGACUGUGGCAUCCUCCCACUCGCUCGCCGUGAAGACAGUCUUUGCAAGAGCGUGGUCGUGCACCCUAGGAAUCCAAACUCACGUCCAAAUAAUAUACCGUGUUUUAUCUCCACUGAAUUGACAACGUUUUGGCCUGCAGCGAAAGCUACGAAGGUGAUAUGGACGGUGUCAACGGCGUUGAGACUAAACCGGAGCCGACUCGUGUGUCUGGAGGCUACAUCAUGGAGCCGAAAAACAACCGCGUGGGUGCCAACUCAGUCAUCUUCUCGCUCAAGGAAGAGGUCGGAGCCCUGGCCCGAGCUCUGCAGAUCUUCAAGGAGAACGAGGUGAACCUGCAGCACAUCGAGUCCCGGUCUUCGAUGCGCUUCAAGGACGGCUACGAGUUUAUCGUCAACUUCAGCCCGAGCUCGGGCAAGAUCCACGAAGCCCUGGAGCAGAUCAAGGACGUCUCUCAGUACGUCCAGGUCAUCUCCAGGGACCUGCCUCCCAAGACUGACGACGCUGUGCCCUGGUUCCCGAGGAAGAUCAAAGACCUUGACAUCUUUGCAAACCACAUCCUCAGCUACGGUUCUGAGCUGGACUCCGAUCAUCCGGGUUUCACUGACCAGAAGUACCGCGAGCGACGCAAGUAUUUCGCUGACAUUGCUUACGAGUACAAACACGGUCAACCCAUCCCUAGGGUGGAGUACACUGAAGAAGAAACAAAGACAUGGGGCAUCGUGUUUCGAGAGCUGACCAAGUUGUACAAGACCCACGCCUGCCGGGAGCACAACCACAUCUUCCCGCUCCUGAUGGAGAACUGCGGUUACCGGGAAGACAAUGUUCCCCAGCUCGAAGACGUCUCCAACUUUCUCAAAGACUGCACCGGAUUUACGCUGAGACCCGUAGCCGGACUCCUGUCGUCGCGUGACUUCCUGGCGGGACUGGCGUUCCGCGUCUUCCACUCGACCCAGUACAUCAGGCACCCGUCCCAGCCCCUCUACACUCCCGAGCCGGACAUUUGCCACGAACUCCUGGGACAUGCUCCGUUGUUUGCCGACCCGAGCUUUGCGAGAUUUUCCCAGGAAAUUGGAUUGGCUUCCCUCGGGGCUCCGGACGACUACAUCGAACGUCUCGCGACGUGCUACUGGUUCACGGUGGAAUUUGGCGUCUGCAACCAGGACGGUCAGCUGAAGGCUUAUGGUGCCGGGUUGCUGUCCUCGUUCGGGGAACUCGAGUACUGCCUGAGCGGCAAACCGGAGAUGAAGCCCUUCGAUCCUUGUGUUACCGGGGAGCAGAAAUACCCCAUCACGGAGUACCAGCCCACUUACUUCGUGGCCGAGAGUUUCCAGCACGCGCAGAAAAAAAUGCGUGAGUACGCACUCUCGAUUCCAAGGCCCUUCACGGUCCGCUACAACCCGUACACCCAGAACGUCGAAAUCGUGGACACCAACAUCCAGGUUCAAAACUUGGCCUGCGACAUUCAGUCUGACAUGACUUUGCUGACCGACGCCCUCAAGAAGAUUUAGUAUCCUCCAAGAUAUUUCGAGCUCGUUUGACGCAGUGUUAUGUAUAUAUAUAUACGUUAUAUGUCUUCUACCUCCAAUUCAAAUCAGUCCGGCCAUACCACGACUACCACAGGAGAAGAAAUUCCAACCCUCGAACUUUGUACCUAUGGUUUCAAUAAAAAAAAGUGAAAG